AUGGAUCACCUGCCCACUUCUCGCCGGUCAUGGAAACCGCCGGCUCCGACAACCGACAUCUACUCCACCGUCGUGGUCCACGAUUCCUCGUCGGAAUCCGAGGCGGAGCCGAGAGCCAGAGCCAAACCCUCUCGCCGACCAGAGACCGACGACAUCUACGCCACGACGGUGUACAAGGGCGGAGCCGCCGAUUUCGGGAAGAGCGACGGAGAAGAGGACGAUGAAGACGACGAAUCGCUGCCUCCGCUUCUCAAGCGCUUGCCCAAGGACUUCGGAGGUGGCGACCCGCUGGAUGACGAGGUAGCUGACGACGACGACUACGACGGCGACUUUGGGACGAUGAUUGUGAAAACGAAUCGCGGUGCCCGGCAUCGGAAUCAAUCAUCUUCUUCGUCGUCAUCGACGGUGAAGCCUCCUUGGGGCAGCUCGCCGUUUGGGAAUUUCAGUAAGAGAGACUACGGCGACGAGGAGGAGGAAGAUGAUAAUGAUGGUGAUGGAGAGGGAUUCGGGACGUUUGUUGUGAAAUCGACGUUGAGUGGGACGGUAGUGAGAAAGAGUGGGGAUGGUGGAGGAAGCGGGAGUGGAUCAACUAUGGGGAGAGCGGUGGCGAGCAUGCAGGCAGUUGGGGAUUUAGGGUUUGGGAAACAGAAGAGGAGGAGUGGAUCUUUGUCUUCGCAGGGGGAUGAGUACAGGCACCAUCAGCAUACUAAAGUAUCUGCAAGCUCGAUUCCGGAUAGCGUGACCAGAGAAGACCCAACGACCAAGUAUGAAUUGCUCAAUGAACUAGGGAAGGGGUCGUAUGGAGCUGUUUACAAAGCAAGGGAUUUAAGAACCUCAGAGCUUGUCGCAAUCAAAGUCAUUUCACUAUCUGAGGGAGAAGAGGGCUAUGAAGAAAUUCGUGGUGAAAUUGAGAUGUUGCAGCAGUGUAGCCAUCCAAAUGUUGUGCGAUACUUAGGGAGUUAUCAAGGUGAAGAGUAUCUCUGGAUAGUUAUGGAGUACUGUGGAGGUGGAAGUGUUGCUGACUUAAUGAAUGUUACUGAGGAGGCGUUGGAGGAGAAUCAGAUAGCAUACAUAUGUAGAGAAGCUAUAAAGGGCCUUGCUUAUUUGCAUUCAAUUUUCAAAGUACAUAGAGAUAUCAAAGGCGGGAAUAUUUUACUUACUGAACAGGGAGAGGUCAAGCUAGGUGAUUUUGGGGUUGCUGCACAGCUUACAAGGACCAUGUCAAAGCGCAACACGUUCAUCGGUACCCCACAUUGGAUGGCACCUGAAGUAAUUCAGGAAAGCCGCUAUGACGGAAAGGUGGAUGUAUGGGCACUUGGUGUUUCUGCAAUUGAGAUGGCUGAGGGUCUUCCGCCAAGAUCAGCCGUACAUCCCAUGAGGGUUUUGUUCAUGAUAUCUAUUGAACCAGCUCCAAUGCUUGAGGAUAAAGAGAAAUGGUCACUAAUCUUCCACGAUUUUGUCGCGAAGUGCCUCACAAAGGAACCACGCUCUCGUCCACCUGCAUUUGAAUUGUUGAAGCACAAGUUCAUUGAAAGAUGCAAAGUUGGAGCCUAUGCAAUGUUGCCUAAGAUUGAAAAGGCUAGAAGAAUAAGGGCAGCAAUUGCUAUGCAACCUCAAAAUCUCGAUCCAGGUGUUUCAGAGCCUCCAGAAGGAUCAAAUUUGAAUCCUGAUUAUUUUGGGAGCACAGUUCCAGCAAGGAGACCUCUGGAAGAAAGUGAAUUGCCCAGCUCGUCAGAUGUUGGGCAAUUGGCUGUUGAAGGUGAUUUUGGCACAUUUAUAGUUCAUGGUGGAGAAGAGAGGAAUACGACAAUGAAGGAGAAUCAAUUCAACUCCAUCAGAGAAACUCCUCUGGAUCUUGGGCGUACAGAAGAUGCUUCAGUUAGUGGAGGCGGCCAAUUAUCUGAAUCCUGGAUUGACAGUACCAAUGGUGUAGCUGCAAACAAGAUUUUGCCUGGUGAUGCAUCCCAGACAAUUAAGGCGUUCGCAUAUCCUUUUGCCACAUCCUCUGGGACUCCAAAGCCGAGCAACAUAUCUCGAACUGUUGGAGGUGGUGAUGGAGGAAUGAGUAGCAAAACUUUAAAAGGUGAAACUGCCAGCAAACGAGUCUUUGCAUUGCAGGAUAAGCUUUGGUCCAUAUAUGCAGCUGGCAAUACCGUACCUAUUCCAUUCUUAAGGGCAACCGAUAUAUCACCUAUUGCUCUUUUGACAGACAAUGUCCUAGGAAGUAGUAACCAUGAUAAUGGUGGAGCCACUGCAGCCGAAGCACUGCAAGAGCUUUUUACUGGCGAUGGCUUGUCCAGAAAGGGUCGAAGAGCACAAAAUGAGAUGCCCUUGCCACCAAGUGUUCACCAGAGACUAGGAUCAAGCCCGACGCUUAUGAAUCUUGCACAGGCUCUAGCUUACCACAAAAUGUGCUACGAGGAGAUGCCGCUUCAAGAUUUGCAGGUGACGCAAGAGCAACAAACCAUUCAGAAUCUCACCGAUACUCUCCGAACUAUCCUCCGGUUGUAG